AUGAUGAAUACAAUAUGCUGGAAUGCAAGGAGUAUUGAUACUCAAGGUGCUUUGGAUAGACUCCAAAAACUCAAGGAUUAUCAUAGUCUCUCUAUGUUGGCAAUUCUUGAACCAUUUGCUCAUCAAUCACAGAUCAACCAAUACAAAAAUCAGCUUAGAAUGAAUAAUGCCUGUCAUAAUCCUAAUAACAAGAUUUGGCUAUUCUGGAAUCAGGAUGUGGACUGUCACAUUAGAGACCAGGAUGAACAACAGGUGGCUGAUAUUGAUACCUUCCUGGAUACUGUUAAAACAUGUUGGGAUAGGCAUAUGGAAGGAAAUCCUAUGAGAAUUUUCCACCAAGGGCUACAUCAAGCUGGACAAGAUAGGGAUGGCAAGCUUCAGGAGAAAAAGAUUAAAAAGGAUCAAACAACCUCCUUGAACUAUUUUUAUCUUCAAUGUUCUAACUUACUCUUCAAAUUGGAUAUCAAUAUGACUAGUGAUAACCACUUUGAAGGUUCUACAGUUAGGACCAUUGUAAAGGGGAGAGUCUCCCCUGCAUCUUACCUACCUAGGAUUAGAGUAGCCUUUUUCUUUUUCUUUCCUUUCCUUCUACUUUUUGACUGUGCAGGAACUUGUAUACAUGCAACAUAUCAAUCCACAGUUGGAGGGCCAGCUAUGUGUGCUGCAUAUUACAGCAGUGGCAUGAUGGAGCACUUCACCAUUUAAAGCUUGCAGCUUGUGGAAUUCCUCCAUGCAACCAGAACUUACAUCAAGGGGCUGGUGCUGGAGUGUCAGCAACUGAGCUUGGAAUUCCAACAACAUGCAGCAUACAAGGAGAAACUACAGCACAGUUUUUGCUGUGCAGAAUUUUUCUUGUUCUUUUACU